UCCGCCAGGGUACUAUUUCCGCCCCGGAUUCGGCAACGGCAGCAGCUCAUGGCAUGUGCACUUGCAGUACGGCGGGUGGUGCAACACCCUGGGGGACUGCAGGUGGCGCAGCCACACGUGGCUCGGCUCUUCUAACGAGACUUUGCAAAACCAGAACCCGUGGAAAUUCGCGAACUGGGGUUACAUGGGGAUUCUCAGCCUGAAUCCCGUCAUGAAUCCGCGUUUUUACAAUUGGAAUCUUGUGGUCCCAAUUUACUGCGAUGGCGGCGGGUUUGCCGGGCGGGCGGGGUUCAAGAACUGGAGCGCGACCGAGGGAGUGUAUUUGGAUGGUUGGAAAAUCAUCAAAGCUGUUCUCACAGACGUGACAGAUUUCAAGGGCCUGAAGACGGCCUCCCAGGUGCUGCUGUCGGGGGUGUCGGCGGGAGCAGAGGCGGUGGUGACUCUGUGCGACCAGCUGCCCGCCCUCGUGCCCUCCGCCAAAACCACCAAGUGCCUCAUGGACUCGGGAUUCUUCCUCGACGCAUUGGACGUGGACCAACAACCAGCGUUCCGCAAGAGGAUUCAGCAGGUGGCGGAGCUGCAUGACUUUGUCGGCAACCCUCGAUGCAGCAGAGCCACCAACGAGACCAAGAAGUGGCGCUGCUUCUUCCCAGAGUACUCCCUCCCGUUCGUCCGAUCGUCCUUCUUCAUCGUCAACUCACUGUUCGAUGCCAGGGCCCUUACACUUGGUAGGUUGGAGGAUAAAAAACUGAAGGCGUUUCUUACUUGGUCGACCAAGCAUGGAAUCAUGGUGGAUGGCGCUUGGGCCACCAUGAAAGAAGAAGGGGUGUUUUUGCGUGAUGCUGUAGCGAAUUGGUAUUUUUCUCGAUAA